GCGCGGUUUCAAACGAGAUACCUGCCCACAUGCCUCGGUUCUACCUUGAUUCGAGAGAUCUUUGUGGCCAGUUUCACCGUGGUACGGGACUAUUCUGGCCAUCUUGUGAUUCGCGCGAAGGAUUAGAAGCUGGAAAAACGCGGAAAAAGGACGAAAAUUACUCGAAAUAGGUUGGGGGAGACGAGGAAGUAUCGUCCUUGAUAUUGUGAACGACUGGUUGGGUGUUGUGACGUUGACAGAUCUGUCAUAUUCUCGGGAGGUUGUGAUUUGUGUAGAGAUCAACUGUCAUUCCUCCUGUUGACCACGAUGCCAGAUACCGGGACGUACCAAAGGAACCACCUCGCUGAUGGUACCGCCAGUAUUGUGGCGACCGCAACCAAAGACGGACCGCGAGCCAUGUGACCCGCGAGGUACCGCGGAUGAUGUCCCCAGGUAUGGGAACUAUAUCGAGGUACCACCUCGUAGGAGUGCUCUUUCUCCUUGUGCUUGUGAGUGUGGACUGUGGAAAAAGACAUAAAGGUGCUCAGAAGGGCGAUCAUGUUAGCGUUAACGCGGCAAAGAGUUUACAAAGACACAUACAGGACAGAGAUAGGUCGGUUACCCUUAGGGAUUACGCUAGGGAUAGGAGCCAGGAGAGGAACCUCAACAAGGGAAAAAUUUGUAUCGGUACGAAUGCCAGGAUGUCAGUGCCGUCCAACAGAGAACAUCACUACGCCAACCUUAAGGAUAGGUUCACGAACUGUACAUAUGUGGAUGGUAAUUUGGAGUUGACGUGGUUGAAAGACGAGAAUUUAGAUCUUAGUUUCCUUCAGUACAUAAGGGAAGUAACAGGGUACGUCCUUAUAUCUCACGUAGAGAUCAAGAGGAUAGUGUUGCCAAAGCUACAAAUCAUUAGAGGAAGGACCUUGUUCCGAAUGAACAACGGAGGAGAGGAAUUCUCUCUAAUAGUGUCAUUGUCCAAGAUGUACACACUUGAACUGCCCGCUCUAAGAGACGUCCUUAGUGGAAAUAUAGGACUUUUCAACAAUUACAAUCUAUGUCACGUGAAGACAAUAAACUGGAAUGAAAUUAUGUCUGAUCCAAACUCCAAAUAUAGUUACGUAUACAAUUUCACUUCUCCCGAAAGAGAAUGCCCCCCUUGUGAUAAAAAAUGCGAAGCAGGCUGUUGGGGGGAAGGUGAAGAGAAUUGCCAAAAGUUCUCCAAGGAAAACUGCAGUCCGCAGUGCUUCCAAGGUAGAUGCUUCGGUCCCCAACCGAGGGAAUGCUGCCAUCUCUUUUGCGCGGGUGGCUGUGUUGGACCAAAACAGAGCGACUGCAUAGCUUGUAAGAAUUUCUACGACGAUGGUGUGUGUACGCAAGAAUGUCCCCCCAUGCAGAUCUACAACACUGUCAAUUAUUCUUGGGAGCCAAAUCCUAAAGGAAAAUACGCGUAUGGUGCUACUUGCGUCAAAAAUUGCCCUGAACAUUUGCUCAAAGACAAUGGAGCUUGCGUUAGGACCUGUCCACCUCAGAAACGAGCGAAAAAUGGGGAGUGUAUACCAUGCGAAGGACCUUGCCCCAAAACCUGCCCUGGUAGUGACGGACCCGUCCACUCAGGCAAUAUUGAAAGCUACCGUGGUUGCACAGUAAUAGAAGGCCAUCUUCAUAUCCUAGAAAACAGUUUCAACCCUUACCAACAGAUUUUCGCAAAUUACACUUUUGGCGAGAGAUACCCAGCUAUGCAUCCAGAUAAACUAGAGGUAUUCAGCACUCUCAAAGAAGUAACAGGCUUCAUAGAUAUUCAAGCUACUCAUCCAGACUUCAAAAACCUCUCAUACUUCCGCAACUUAGAAAUCAUAGGUGGAAGAGAGUUGCAUGAGUACUUCUCAUCGUUAUACAUCGUCAAAACUUCCCUGCAGUCCCUCGAACUCAAAUCCUUGAAAAAAAUCAAUUCGGGCACAGUGACCAUUCUGGAAAAUAAGGAUUUGUGUUUGGCGUCCAGUAUAAACUGGUCGAAGAUAAGGAAGAGUAAGGAGCACAACUUGAUGAUUGGCAACAACCAGAAUCCGGAAGUUUGCAAGAGGAAGAAGUUGGUGUGCGAUGACCAAUGCAGCGAAGAUGGAUGUUGGGGUGCUGGACCUGACCAGUGCGUUUCAUGUGCCCAUUUCAGACUUAGCGAUACGUGUUUGCAGAAUUGUAGCAUAUUACCUGGAACAUACCAAGCUACAUACAACGAAUGCAAGCCAUGUCAUGAAGAAUGCGGAUCAUCCUGUACUGGACCAACAGCAGACAAAUGCACAACCUGCAAACACUUCAAAGAUGGCCCGUUCUGCGUGUCUAAGUGCCCGAUCAAUAAAUUCGAGGAGAAUGGAAUAUGCAAACCCUGCCACAAUAACUGCGUGGAUGGAUGUACUGGUCCUAAAAAUAUCGUGGGUCCUGGUGGUUGCAAUUCUUGCGAGAAAGCCAUCAUGAGGGAAAACUCCAUGGAUAUCUGUCUUAGGAAAGACGAGUCUUGUCCCGAUGGUUACUAUGACGAUUGGGUUGUGCCACACGAGCAGGCGUCUCUUUUGAAACCAUUGGCCGGGAAAGCCAUAUGUAGAAAAUGCCACCCGAGGUGUGAGACGUGUACAGGCUAUGGUUUCCAUGUUUUGAUGUGUACCAGAUGUGCCAAAUACAGAGAUGGAGAGCAGUGCGUAGACGACUGCCCUUCAGAUAACUACCCUGACGACAACUCAAGAGAAUGCAAGCAAUGCCACCCAGAAUGUAGAGGAUGCAAAGGACCAGGACCGGAACAUUGUCACGUCUGCCAAAAUUUCAAAAUCUACGAAGAUAACGACGUGAACGAAAAUAACAGUUUCACCUGCGUAGCAACGUGUCCACAGGAGUUACCUCACAGAACAUUCCCCGUCAAUUCGAGUGCUUAUUGUACGGAUAAGUCCACAGCAUCCAUGUUCAUCACAUCUUUGGAUAAUGGCAAAAGUCUUUUGAUUGUGGCUUGUGUGGUAGUCGGAUUGUUCAUGUCAGUAGUAGUUAUCGUGAUAUUCCUAUACUGUUACUGUAGGAAGAUGAAGGAAAAGGAAAAUGCCUUAAAGAUGACACUUACGUUGGCUGCUAUCGAAGACGAACCUUUGAGACCAACGAACGUUAUGCCGAAUGUUGCUCAAUUGAGGAUUAUCAAGGAGACUGAGAUUAGGAAGGGAAGUUUCCUUGGGUUUGGAGCUUUUGGUACUGUGUACAAGGGUGUGUGGAUACCAGAGGGUGAGCAUAAUAAGAUUCCAGUAGCUAUCAAAGUUCUUCGAGAGGAUACUGGCGCCAAUACUAGUAAAGAAUUCUUGGAAGAAGCUUACAUUAUGGCAACUGUGGACCAUCCCAAUCUACUUCAACUCCUAGCUGUUUGUAUGACUUCCGACAUGAUGUUAGUGACUCAGUUGAUGCCACUUGGUUGUCUGUUGGAUUUCGUCAGGAAUAACAGAGAAAAAAUUGGAUCCAAGUAUCUUCUGAACUGGUGUACACAGAUCGCUAGAGGAAUGGCGUACCUAGAGGAGAAACGACUUGUCCAUAGGGAUUUAGCAGCGCGAAAUGUUUUAGUACAAACUCCGGGAUGUGUGAAAAUCACCGAUUUUGGUCUUGCCAAGCUCCUGGACAUCAACGAGGAAGAGUACAAAGCGGCCGGCGGUAAGAUGCCGAUCAAAUGGCUGGCUCUGGAAUGCAUCCAACACAGGAUAUUCACGCACAAAUCAGACGUUUGGGCAUUCGGAGUGACAGUCUGGGAACUCUUGACUUUCGGCAAGAGGCCCUACGAUAAUAUACCUGCUAGAGAUGUACCUGAAAUUUUGGAGAAGGGAGAAAGACUGCCCCAGCCUUCCGUUGCUAGCAUCGACAUCUACAUGGUCAUGAUCAAAUGUUGGAUGUUGGACGCGGAGAGUCGUCCCAGUUUCAAGGAGCUUGUGGAUGAAUUUUCGAAGAUGGCUAGGGACCCUGGGAGAUAUCUUGCCAUUCCUGGAGACAAGUUCAUGAGGCUGCAGAAUUCUCAGAUCAUUCACGAUCCGAGGUCAUUUGGGACACCAAGCAUCGAAACAUCAGAAUCCCACUCUGAAGGGGGUGUAGGGGAAGAGUACCUACAGCCCAAAUCAAGAGCUCCUCUUCGAGUAUUGUCUUCCUUGACUCCCAUACCUUCCAAUAGCGAUAAAUUGUGGCCUUCCUUAUCACACUUCUCUGAGGGAAGCAUGGCCUCUCAGUAUCAGAAUAAUUUCAAUCAGAAACUCCUGAGGUAUUCGCAGAACAGGAGUCAAGAACCUACCUCGAUGGGCACGAUGCAGUCGGACAUUUCGAAGUACAGUGGAGAAUCAGGGAAGAUGCGAGAAGACACAGGUUCAGAUGAAUACGAUUCCGCGAGCAGAUCUCAAGCCCAGGUAGGAAAUCUCAAACUCAAUCUCCCUGUAGAUGAGGAUGACUACUUAAUGCCUUCACCACAGAAUUCAGUAGCAGCGUCAGCCUACGUUGACAUCAUAGACACGAAGUCGGACAGUGGUACCAACACCUACGUGACCUAUCCAGAGUUCUACAACACGAACAUCGACAACCCAGAGUACCUAAUGAACAACGAGGCCCCCACCCAGACUGUAGGCCUACCGACAGUGCCUGAAUUUGUACAAGCAACAGCGUCUUCCGCGAAUUCUGAUAGUUCUAUGGUGCCGCCCUUACAGACCCCUAGAAGCUCCGAAGAAGAAUCCGACCACGAGUACUACAACGACUUUGACAGGAUGCAGAGGGAAUUGCAGCCUCUGAAGUGCAGUAACGACGCUACGGUAGUUGGUUGGAAUGUAUGAACCUCAAAGCCUUCUUAUCCUGGAAAAUUAAAGACACUUGAAGGGGAAAUUGUCCCCAGUGAUGAAGUUCAAAAACUGAGAAUAUUUUCUGCGAAAAAUUUUUAUAUUCGAGGAGCUCUAGACUCAUGCCAAAAUCUUCAGUGUUGAAGAAGUGAUAAAAUCAUAUCUUUUAUAAUUAUGUACAUUUCGGCACUGAUUGUCUUUAGCGUUUCUGAAAUUUUUACACAUUUCGAUUAAUCGAAACCUACUGCUGUGCGCACAAUAUUUUUAUUGGGACUUUCCCACAUAGGGCCUGUAUAGUGCCUGUAGUACUUCCUGAAAAGGGCUGUGCCAAAAGAAGAAUGAUUCCGUGUUACUUAAAAGAAUAGAUAGGUCGUAGUUGCUAAGUCCCUCAAAACUGUCAAUCGAAAAGAGAAAUGACAAUAACUUAGUGCCAUUUGGGUUAUGGCAGACUGUACAUAAUUUUGAAUGUGUUUUCCUGUACAGAAAUGAUGUAGAUAUAGUUUUUUAAUGCUAAUAUAUUGGGUGAGCUAUGGAAUCUGCCAAUAUUGAGCGGACGCCGAUUUCAGUCGACAUAACCUCAAAAUUCUUGUGAUUUCGUUUAAAAUCUCCACUUCCCAUUAUGUAAAAUAUACCCAAAGAUAUCGAUUGAAAUCGGGGUUUGAACUGAUAUAUCCUGAUUGAUGUAAUCUUGCCCUCUCUUAUCUGUGAUAUACCUAUAACUAAUGUAACUUGUAUAAAAUCAUAUUUGAACAAAUAAUUUUGUAAAGCACGAGACAAUUCCUUCAUUGUAUAUUGAUAAUGCCUCCUAUGAUUUUCUAUUGAAUUAAAAUCUCAACUUUAUGUAAUUUUAAAUCUGUCGAAUUUUAUGAUUUGUUGAUUCUGUUUAUUUGUUUGCGCUAUGUUCGUGCCAUUAUUUUUUAUGUAUCAAGUGCCUUAGUGUAAUUGAGAUAUGGAUGAAUUCUUUACAUAUUUGUAUAUUUAAUGAAGAAAUUAAUAAAUAUAUAUUGAAUAAA